AUGCAAUACCUACCUGAAAAAGACUACGACCUUCCCAGGCUCGACUUACUCACCCUACUCUUCGAGUCUCCCCUUUCCCUAACAACCGAAUCAACAAUCCUCCAUGCCGAAGCAGCAGACGCCACAAAUCACAUUACGAAAGCACAGGCACGAACAAUCAUCAGGCGACUUGCCCACGUAUUCCGUUCUCAAUUCGGAAUUGGCGUAAAUGGGCCCGGGAAGGAUGCUGUUUUGUGCAUCUCCUCGAAUCAGGUCCUCUUGCCGGCUGUUUUCUGUGCUAUCAUUGGUGCUGGAGGUGUCUAUGCGGCGGCAUCGACGGCGUUGACGGUACCAGAACUUACGAACCAGCUGAGGCAGUCGAAAAGCAAAGUCGUUGUUACGUGUUCGGAGAACAGAAGCAAAGCCCUUAAUGCUGCGCGAGCUUGCGGGAUUCCGCCGGAGAGGGUGUUGGUGCUGGAUAGUAUGGGGCAUCGGCGAUCUUUAUGCGCCGCAGAUAAUCCUGGACGGAACUACUUACAGGGAACGGUGGAGAUGGAGUGGGAUCGGGUCACGAAUAUCGAGUCGCUGGAGAAUACCACCGUUUGCCUGCUAUACUCGUCUGGAACGACCGGAGCACCCAAGGGGGUCAUGCUAUCUCAUAUGAAUCUCGUCUCUGAGGCCCUGUUCACUCAAUUGGUACUGCGGGACUCUAAACGAGGAAAGCCGCAUUUGAACGUGCACUAUCGGACGGUCGGUCAUCUUCCGACGGCUCAUAUUGCUGGGUGCUUGGGGUAUUUCAUCACGCCAGCUGUUGCUGGAGGAACAGUGUACUGGAUGCCCAGGUUCAAUAUCGAUGAGUUCAUCGACUACUGUAAGAAGUACCAGAUGACUUUCUUGUCGACGGCGCCACCGGUAUACCACGCUAUAGUGCGGAGUGGCCGCGCGACAGACCAUUUCAAGACGCUUAUCCGGGCGGAGUCAGGCGCAGCACCUCUAAGCCUGGAGCUCCAAGCGCAAGCGGAAAAGAAGCUGGGAUGCACCAUCAGUCAGCGCUGGGGAAUGACCGAGUCAACUGGAAGCGUGACUACCAUGCCCUGGGGCCAGUCGGACAAUACGGGGAGUAUCAGUCCGUUACUACCAAAUAUGAGGUUGCGGCUUGUUGAUGAACGUAUGAGAGACGUUACUGGCGGGGUGGAGGGCGAGAUCCUGCUCAAAGGCCCAAUGAUCACGAAAGGAUAUUUUGACAACUCAGAGGCGACCGCUGACGCUUUCACGCCCGAUGGCUGGUAUAAGACCGGAGACAUCGGGGUGUAUAAAGACGGGAAAAUCAUCAUGGAGCUCAUAAAGUACAAAGGACUGCAGGUCUCGCCAGUAGAAGUAGAGGGAUUCCUUCUCACGCAUCCCAGCGUCGCAGAUGUCGCAGUGGUAGGUGCACCCGACCCGGAGGCACCGGGCAAUGAGCUACCGCGAGCAUAUGUUGUGCUCAAGGCCAGCAAACGCGUUUCCGAGGCAGAGUUACAGGAAUACGUCAAGUCAAACCUUGCACGCCACAAGCAGCUCCGGGGCGGAGUUCUGUUCAUAAACGAGAUACCGAAAAGCGCAUCAGGGAAAAUCCUCAGGAGAGUCUUGAGGGACCAAGCAAGAAGCUUAACGAGAAGAGCCAAGUUAUAG